AUGGCAAUGAUGCAGCAAGAAAUACUUCAGUGUGGAAACACACGGUUAAGAAUCCAAGGCAAGCUUGGCAGUGGAGCGUUUGGUGUCGUCUACAAAGUACAAGACGUGGCAACUUCCAACUUCUACGCGUUGAAAUAUGUUCUUUGUUGCAAUACUUCUUGUCUUCAAAACGUGAUCCACGAGGCCGAGAUGCUGAAACAAAUCUCUCACCCAAAUAUAAUCGCCAUACUGGGGACAGGGCGACUCAACGAUAAUCAAGGUUGCACAGGCAUGUUGCUUUUGACUGAGUACUGUCCGAGAGGAAACCUCAAUCAAUGGCUCCCUCGACAGAGCACCAACCAAAAAAAUUUGAAGUGGAUGAGACAAAUUGCCGAUGCCGUCUCCCACCUCCAUUCGCGUAACGUGGUUCACCGCGAUUUGAAGCCAGAUAAUGUGCUCUUGACUGCGACUGAGAAUGUCAAAUUGGGGGAUUUUGGUUUGGCACGCCAGUACAUCGCACUUACCCGAACCCAACUUCAAAACAACUACGCGCCAUAUUACAUGCAAUCAGAGGUUGGGACAAAGUACUACAUGGCUCCGGAAGUAUUCAGCAGUCGCGGUUAUAGCGCAAAGGCUGACGUCUUUGGCCUUGGAGUGCUCCUUUAUGCAAUCCUCGAGCGUGAUCAUGUCAUAAUUGGUGGGAAAGCAUACUACGGAGCCUUUGUUGCUACUCUAAAUUUACCGGGAAGAAUUGGCCUUGGAUUUGCUAUGGAGACUAUAAACCCUUGCUUCAACGUUGUGUUUUCUAGUUCCUCUAACUAUUUCGGCUCUCUCCAGAUGUUAAUUCGCCAGGCCUUGAAUUACGAUCCGCAUAAUCGACCGACUGCUCAACAGGUUUAUCAAAGUCUCGUGGCCAUUGAGCAACGUUUCAACGAGAACUAUAACACUUUGUAA